CUCUUCAAAGGACCGGGUCAGCCUCGAAUGCAGGAUCAUUGUCCAAGCGCGACCUAGCUUCGCCAGACCAACAAAGCACGAUGCUCACUCAACUCCAGGCUUGUAUGAAGGACAUCUCUUGCUUCUCUCUGAUGUUCAAACCUGUUAGCACAGCGAGCACUGGCACGGGCAACCCUACUUUCAACACUGUCAACUCUGUCUCGUCUGGUGUUCUUGCUGGAGAGACGCCUGCAUUCAACAACGUCGCCUUGACAAACGUUGAGAAUACCGGUGACGGAUCUGUUGGCAAUGGGAACACGAACACACAGGAAAAUGGCCAGGAAAGCGAGGUGCCUGGGCCACCAUUGUCUACUCCUGUCCCAGACGCUUCGCAGCCGGUACAACCAGUGAGUGACCCUACUCCUCAGCCGUCGGUAAACCCACAAGGCAUCUACACGAGUCGUAACACGAUUCCUCCUGCUACGGUACCAGCAGCCCAGCCCGAUCCUCAACAAACGCCAUCUCCACAACCGGCCACCGCUUCGAAUUCCACUGCAGAUCCUGUGGUUAGUCGACGAGGUCUUGCUUUGGAUCCCAACAUGCCAGCCGAAGCAAUCGCUAAAUUCAAUGACCACAUCUCCUUCUACUACAGUUGGACCAUGGUGUCUCAGUCUCAGCAAUAUACUACUGCCGAGUUCUGGCCACAAAUGAAGGCGGGUAAUGCCACGCAAAUUGCAAGGUCUUCUCAGGAGCUUGGUACCUUGCUCGGAUUCAACGAGCCGAACCAGCCUGGACAGAACCUCGUCAGUGCUGCUGACGCGGCAUUGGUAUACAACGCUUUCUUCGAACAGUACAAAGGCACAAUCAAGACAAUCACCACACCGGCUCCUUCGAACGCUGCAGACGGCUUACAGUACCUCAAAGACUUCAAAACCGCCUGUACCCAUGCAAAAUGUCAGGAGCUUCAGGUCACUGCCCAUUUCUAUGGGGAAGACAUCAAUUUCCUUCAGAAGCAGAUCAACCAAAUGUGCCAUGAUCUUGGACCAAUCUGGAUCACUGAGCUUGGCUUCACCAAAUGGUCGGGUCCACUGGAUGCGGCAACCGUUCAAGCUUUGCAAAAAGAAAUGAUUGAAUGGCUUGAUCACCCAGACCAAGCUAAAUGCGUCACGAAAUACGCCUUCCUCGCCAGUACCUCUGACCCGAAUUUGGGCGAGGUCAACUCGGGUUUGACAGCUAGUGGAGAUUUGACGGCACUUGGUCGUUACCUCACCACCGGCCAGUGGUCCUAGUCACCGACCAGUCGACACCGUCCUGCUUUAAUUUCUACCCUCCUGUUCUUCCUUCGUAUCUUUAACCCAAUU